CCUCCCCCUCCCCUCCCCCCUCCCGGGCCGGUUCCAGCGGUGCACCUUUCCGGCGUGCGGUGAGGCGGCGAUGGGCAGAAGGUGAACCGUGUCCGGACGGGAGAUGCUGCGGUGGCGGCGGGCGGCGGCGGCGGCGGGCUGGCGUUGGGCCUGCCGGCGGCUGAGCGCAGGAAAUGUGAAGCCAUUAGAAGGAGUAAAAAUCCUAGAUCUCACAAGGGUGUUAGCAGGACCAUUUGCUACAAUGAUCUUGGAGACUGGUGCAGAGAUCAUCAAAGUAGAAAGACCAGGUGCGGGUGAUGAAACCAGAGCUUGGGGUCCACCGUUUUGUGGGAACAGAAGCAUCUACUUCCUUAGUGUAAAUCGAAAUAAAAAGAGUAUAGCAGUAAAUCUGAAGAAUCCUCAUGGGGCCCGUAUAAUAAAAGAUUUGGCAUCUGUUUGCGAUGUAUUGAUUGAAAAUUAUGUUCCUGGGAAACUGGCAGAAAUGGGCCUUGGAUACAAAGACAUAGAAGAGAUUGCUCCACACAUAGUAUACUGUUCAAUUACAGGUUAUGGACAAACUGGCCCAAUGUCCCAGCGUGCAGGUUAUGAUUCAGUUGCGUGUGCUGUGUCUGGCCUUAUGCACAUCACUGGUCCACAGGAUGGUGACCCUGUUAGGCCUGGAGUAGCCAUGACAGACCUAGCUACAGGUUUAUACAGUCAUGGAGCUAUAAUGGCAGGGCUGCUACAGAGAGAGAAGACUGGAAGAGGUCUAUAUAUUGACUGCAAUUUGCUUUCAUCCCAGGUUGCUUGCCUCACCCAUGUGGCUGCAAAUUAUCUCAGUGGUGGUAAAGGAGCUAAGCGAUGGGGCACAGCACAUGAGAGCAUUGUUCCUUACCAGGCUUUUAAGACAAAGGAUGGUUACCUUGUGAUUGGAGCUGGGAAUGAUCAGCAGUUUGCAACUGUUUGCAAGAUCUUAUCAUUAACUGCUUUAAGUGAAGAACCGAGGUACAAGACAAACAAGCUCCGGGUUCAGAAUAGAGGAGAACUAAUUGAUGUCCUGUGUGCAAGAUUUUCAGAGAAGACAACACAAGACUGGUUGCAACUGUUUGAAGGUAGUGGUGUACCAUAUGGUCCAAUAAACAGCAUUCAGCAAACAUUCUCCGAACCACAGGUUAUUCACAAUGACCUCAUUUUAGAAAUGUACCAUCCAACUGCAGGGAGCAUAGCUGUUCCAGGUCCUGCUGUCAGGUUUAGUGACUUCAAGAUAUCAGAUCCAAAGCCACCGCCUCUGAUUGGACAGCACACCGUCGAAGUACUGAAGACAAUGCUGGGUUAUAGUGAGAGCUCCAUCAACGAAUUGCUUGCAGCUGGAGUAGUUACCCAGCAUGAACUAAAUUGAAGGCUAAUCUGUAUUACACAAGUGAUCUUAAUCUUUCUGAGAACAACCACUUUCACACUUCAAUUGAGAUCUUUGCUAAUUGAAUACAACAAAUGAUUCAUGGUAAAUUAAAAGAAGGGUCCCUGACCCGAAACGUUGACCGCCUGCUUUUCUCCACGGAUGCUGCCUGGCCUGCUGAGUUCCUCCAGCAUCAUCAUGUUUUUAAUCUAGAUUCCAGUGUCUACAGUCCUUUGUUUCUCAAGGUAAAUUAAACUCCAGGUUGUUAGAAGGCUAAUUUGCUUUAAUAUAAUUAACUACAGAACGGUAAAUGAAGAUAUAUAAUAGAUGUGAUUUUUUUUUAUUUACAGCGUGGUAGCAGGCCCUUCCGGCCCAAUGAGUCCGCGCCGCCCAUUUUAAACCCCAAAUUAACCUACCCGUACGUCUUUGGAAUGUGGGAGGAAACCGGAGCACCCGGAGGAAACCCAUGCAGACUUGAGAGAAUGUACAAACUCCUUACAGACAGCGACGGGAAUCGAAUCCCGAUCGCUGGCACUGUAAUAGCGUCGCGCUAACCGCUACGCUACCGUGUUGCCCCCUAACCACUAUGCUACCGUGCCGCCCCUUGGUGUGGCUCUUCAUAGGUGAUGUCUUAAUAGAAUUCAAAAUAGUUGUUCAGAGAUCUUUAGACAGAUGUCUUGAAGUGCACAGAAUUUAUGAAUGCUGUGGUGUUUGUGUUGCGCAAAUCCAACCACUUUAAUUUAAUGGAAAUUUGACUUCCCCAAGCCAGCAACAUUGUCUGACAUGUGGCUGAGACACAAAAUGUCAGUGAAAAUAAAUGCAAGGCCACUUUGAACCUGCCAAAGCCCUGCUGCUAGACACUGCUCAUACAAUACAUAAGUUCAUUGCAAUACAACACUACAAUUUUAAUGACAGAAAUUUUCUUUUAUCAUAAUGCAAAUAAAAAGAAUUGAAAAGGAUUUUUAAGAAGCUAAUUUUGUACUUCCGUAAUAUGUUGAAAGUUAACUGAUAAAGCUGUUAUUAUAUCCCGCAUUUCUUACUGGAAUCAAUUAUCUACACUACAGUAUGUAAAUUGUUUACUUACCAUUAGUUUGGACAAGCUCACAGAUAUUGUUGGAAUAAACAUUUCUAUCUAUUUUAUGUGGCUUUUUUUUGAUACAAACAUUUC